AUAUGGUAACGGACACCAGACCAACAGCUCUAGGGCUAAACAGUUUAUGUCAAAAUAACAGUACUGUAACAAAUAUCAAUCAGUAGUACACUUACCUAGGUCAAAAUGACAGUAAAUCCAGUAAUUCGCUAAUACUGGACUAAACUCAUGUCAGUAAAUCCAGCUUAAUCCAAAACUUAUUAUUGGGGUCUGCAAAGACUUGCAUUGAAACCAGGGUGAUGGAAUCGGCCAACCAUGGAUGCUGCUAUACUUCUUGUACUGCCCUAUCCAACUGGACAAUAAGUCUGGGAACAUUGAGUAUAUGAAUCAGUGUAUUCUUUGAUCUGUACUUUAGUAGUCUUUAGGUAAUCAUUAAUGCAAACGAAACAAUAGACAAUGUGUUUCUGUCAGAAGAGGAUGAUGGAGUAUGAUUCCGUGUAGUGGACUGAGAAAACUGGCCAGGACCGCCAAGAUUAAGAUCCAAGUAGGUAAAAGGUAAUUCCGGCAGGGGGAGAUCACGACCACCGACUCACGGACCACCUACCCAAGUGAUACCACCUACUCAAAGAGAACAACAGAAAAGGACAACUGAGUCUUCGCAGUAAUUUACAUGUGAAGCAAGCAAAUUUGUACCAAUCACCAAAGAGUAUCAUUGAAUAUGUAUGAAUAGAAUAAAUAUGUAUAUACUUGAUCUAUAUAAAAUCAUAUGGAACAGGUGUAAGGCACGCAUGUUAGGUGGAGCGAUCCUCUGUGCAUCCGGUGCUGUGAAUAAAGAAUGCCUGCCUUUUAACACUACACUGGUGUUACUGAUUUCGCUGACAGCAUGAGCAUGGUUAUUAGGCAGAAAGCAGGGUAGGGCUUCUUCAGAUGAGCGACUUGACCAGCCGAGGGGCCUGGGGAAUGAAAAAUUUUCUGGUCAGACUGUCCCACUUUUAUUGUUGAGUCAUGGAAGCACUGUCUGGACUUGCUAGCCAGGCAUCGCAUCCCACAUCUCCUCCCUUCUGUGCCGUUUCUUUCCUUUGUGUGCUCAAAAAUACUGUAUAGUACAAUACUAACUGCACAUUUCCAGCCCUUCCUUUUGUGACAGCCCUUCCUUUCAUGACUCAGCAAGUGAAGGUGUGGUGGUCAUGUCCUGGCUGUGAAAUGCCAGGACUGAUGUCUGUGCCACACACCCCCCACCAAGGGUGUCAGAUGCAGAGAAGAGUUUGGUCAUGGAGUCUCUUUGUCUAUAGGUUUCUCUUUGGAAUGGAAAUAUUGUGUUCUUUUCAGAAGUUGUGAAAUCUCAAAUGACUGAAACUGAAAAAGCAGAGAUGUGGAAGGAGUCUGUACGCUAAAACUGGAUGUUGCCCCAGAGAACUGAUCUCUCUCCUGGUUGUACUGCAGAGUUCUGGUGGGAAGAUGGGAAAGUGAUGCACUAACUGCAUUGUAGAUGUUGUUAGUCUUGUAUGUUUUGUGAGGGUUUGUGCAGAGCUCCAGCUUGCUCCCAGGCAAUCCGCUGACUCACAGAAGGUCAGAUCCAAAGCAGCCAGAUUUAAAUGGGAAGGGUUGCCCAGCCAUGGCUGAGGGUGAGUGGGCAGGAGCUGCUGGCAAUAAAGAGAAGUCAGUGGGCUGGAUGGACAGCCAGGCUCAGGUGCUUCUGAACCUGUUGGACCUUCUGCUGUGACAGCUCAGGGCUCCCAGGCCCUGUGAUGGGCAUGGGAGCGGUUCCCCCUCCAGGUGUGGUACCACAGGGGCCAAGUGCCUGGGGUGAGGUAGGAAGAGCUGUUGGCUGCUGAAGGAGCUGCUAGCUGCUGCUGGCCCUGCCGUGGGUGGCCUUUCCAAGGGGAUGGCUCUCUGGUCUCUGCCUUUUGUUCCCAGGAGAAGCAGCCACCUGCCACCCCCGACUCAGCCCAGGAUUCCCAGCAACCCCGAUUCUCUGCUGGUGCUGCCCCAAACAUCGCUUCCAAGUGGAGGGCCUCUUUCUGUUAAGGCAUGUGAUCUGGAAAGACUCUGUAAGAAUCAGUGUAACUAGCGGAAGGUUGGAAGCAGAGCAGGCAUGUCUGCAUCCGACACCAGGGACCCUGACUCCGCUCGCUACAAACGUAAGGACAGCAACCUGUUGCUUUCUGCAGUUGCUCACUCCAUUUGAACUGGUUGUCCGUGUUCCCUGGUGAAUGACAGAAAACGAUUGACAGGUAUAAUUGAAAUCCAGUCAUCUUGUAUGAAAACUCUGGCCUGUAUUACGUUCUGGAGGUGCUUCUUAUGCUCAGCUCUUAAGCGUUGCUUAUUGUAUCUUGUUAUACAAAUACAUUGGAUUUUUUCCCAUCGUUUUUGGAUGCGAAGCAUUUUGUUUUUUGGCUGAAGAAAAAGAAACCAAGAAAAGAUGGACUGGAAUGUAAGACACCUCCAGAAUGCUGAUGCUAAGAAGAACCUGCAAAGUGAAGAAGCUGGUUACACUCCGUUGUUUUCUAAUGCACAUGCUUUUCAUCAAACAAAUGCCUAUACCUCUAAAAAUGCAUGCACUUAUGCUGGAAAUAACCAAAUGGCGUAUCUGCUAACUAGCAAUGUUGCCUCCCCUCCUGUAAAUGCUGAAGGAUUUAAUGCUUCAGAGCAGGCCUUACCAGGAGCAUCUGUAGCUGGUAAUGAUUUUUUUACCUUGAACUACUCGGUCAAUCAACAUCCAGCGUCCUGGGUACCAAUAGCUCCAAAGCCUCCAAAUCAGACACCACGUUUGCGAGCAGAGAUGACUCAGACUUCUUGGCCAAACUCUAAUUACAUAUAUUCCCUUAGAAAGUUACCUCCCCUGUCUUCUCAAAUGAACUCUGGAAAUAACGUGAGGAAUGUACAUCAGGAACCUCAGUAUGUUACCACAAACGGUUACACUGUGCAGCCACAAAUACCACAGCAUAAUUCUAUGAGAACUACAACAUUGUAUCAAAGUAACAUUCAUUCCCAGAAUAAUUCUAUGUCUCUUGGUACAUCUGGGCAACAUGUCCCAACCCAAAUAUAUCAUCCCAAUGCUCAGUUUAAAGUUUUACACUCACUGAAUCAAAAUUCUGCAGCAAAUGUACAGCUGGUACAAUACCAAUCAAGUCAGAUGGGAUCAGAAGCUCCUGGUGGAUGUUCUGUGCCAUCUUUGUUGCCUGCCAACUGUGAUUCAGGAGUUACAGUGCAGUCUUCAGGAGGUAUACCACAGGCAGUUCAAAAUGUGCCUAAUGGGUACACCCUUAGCCAACAGAGGUGCCCACUGGAUCCAAAAAAUACGUCUAGUUUUAACAGUGUUCAGCCACCCUGUCAGAAACAGCAGUCUGGAGAAGUCAGUCAGUCAGCUAGGAAUGUCUGUAAUUCAGGUGGAAAUCUGGCAGUAAAUCAGCCUUUCAAUGAAAUGUCUGUGCCCUCCCCUGGCAUUUCUAAAGAACUGUAUGGUGCUGUGCAAGAAAUGGGAACUCUUUCUUCGGUGGCUGCUUCAAAGCCCCUGAGUAAUCCUGCUUCAGUUCAACAGAGCCAGACUAGUAGCUUAAUGAAUGGGCCUGUUAAUUCUCAAAUUUCUUCAGCAGGGGCAGAUGGAAGGACAAUUACAAGAAACAGGCUAGCUUGGGAAGCAAAAAAGCUGCUUGCUAUUAAAAAAAAGUGUGACCUGCUCGAAAGGAUGCAUUGUUACAGAAGAAAACUCUUAGCAGGUUCAGAACAUGACAAAAGUACUGCCCCACUUCCUCCAAGUUACCAAGUUACUCUUGCUAAUUCUCUUCCAUGGAUGCCCAACCAAAAUGUACCACCUUCCCUAUCUGAAACAGAGAGGACAGAGAGUCUAAUACUUAACUCUUCACCUGAAGAAAGAAACAACAGAAACGUAGACAAUGCUGAUAACCGAGGACCAGAGGUGACUCAGAGUAACCCUCAGGUGGAGCAGGGAAGCCUUUCAUCAAGCUCUGCUCCUAUUCCCUCUCUCAGCAAACUCCCAGCUCAAUUAAAUAAUCCUGAGAGUGCUCCCAUCUCAGAACAAAGGGAUGCAAAUGCCUUGGCCUCUUCUCAAAAAACUGUGACAUCCUUGAACAAUGGUUUGUGUUUUAGUCAAGUGGACAGCUCUAUCAAAACUGCAUCAAAGAAUGUGCCAGCUAACCCUGAGAUCUCAUCAUUUCUUCAGUUUGUAUUGAGCAGCACAAAUGUAUUGAAAGAGAAGAGAGCUGGUGCUACUGCUGAUAAAAUACUGACUGAUCUCCUGUGUAGUGAAAAACCACUGAUAAAUACAUCUGUCUCGGAUGCAAGCUUACUAAAAGACACUAGUGAGAAGAAAGUAGAAAGUUUGAAAGGUGAGCAGGCAUGUGUGGUUCACACAAACUCUCCUGCAUCAGAAACAACCGAACCUGGUGAAGCUAAAUUCCAGAGUGAUGCAGCUCAGAAAAAAACGCCACUUACUGAAAAUACAUCUUUUAAACAGAGCAAUUAUAAUUGCUCUGUGGAAGAGCUAACUGCAUGCCUGGGCUUGUGGAAGAACCAUCCGUCGGAAUCUGUAAGUGUGCAAAACAGCCAGUUAAGUGACAGCCCCACGGCAGGUCAGAUUUCACCUUACAGCCAAAACACAAAAAAUAGAGAACAAAAUAAUGUUCUGGCUAGUACGGGUGAAGCAAUUUUGCCUGUAACAACUGCUGCUGUAGGACAAAAGCUUGAUACAUUGAGCUGCAAUUUGUUAAAAAGUUUUGAACUCCAAGUUGCAGUUGUCUCUCCCUUAGUACUUUCUGAACAGAGAACACAGAGUGAGCAUGCAGAAAAAUGUCCAACAUCUGCAGGUGAAACCUAUCCAGUGAUUGACUCAGGAAAUGCAUGUAGCUUGCAAGAAGAGGGGAAAAAUGGUUUAAGUGUGGUAAAUACCGAUAAAGGAAUGAUAGAAACUGUUCAGUCGUCAUGCAGUGAUUGUGUUCUGGUACAGAAAGUGGACUCACAUUUGCAACAGACCAAAUUAGCUGAUGGAAACAAAAUAGUAAAAAGCAGCAUGAGUGCAAAUGAUUUGUAUGAUGAAAACCAAAGGAAAGUUAGUCAAUCUGCACAAGAUGCUGGAGGAAAUCUGCAGCUUGAAUUACAAAGCAAGCCUUCUCUUUCUGAAUCGGGUGUAAAUUUUUCUAGUCAAAUCUUUCAAGAAGGUGUAAGAGACUGUAAAGACAAGCAAGCUGUGUUAGACACAGGAGAUACAUCCACAGGUAUGUUGGAAGAACAGAUGUUUUGUAUUUCUAGUGUAUGUUCUCUUGUUGAAGGUGAUACAUUUUAUAAUCCACAAAUAGCAAGUAUCUUCAGCUCAGCCCCCAAGACACAUGCGUUAAAUGGUACCUCAUCAGAAGGAAAUGCAUCUGUCCCAAGGCAAAAGGAGCAACGGCUGGGCUUGUAUAAAAAUGAGCUGAGCAGUAACACUCCCCAAAGAGAGAGCUUGCUGCAAAAGAUGUUCAAAAAAUCAUCAAGCUGCAUGAUUAAAGCAGGUAAGAUUUUGGAUGGUACCACUACUUGUCACUUGGAGAAAGAAAGCAGUGGCAGUCCUCUUAAAACAGUUUCUACCUCAAAACAAAAGAUGUUAUUCAAUACAUCUUUCAAGCAUUCGGAAAAUUACUUGGAAAGUCUUGCUAGUAUAAACCAGAAGUUAGCUCAAAAUUCACUAGAUUUCUCGAUCAGCUUAACUGCAGAAACAAAUGCACUCAGUGUUCCAGGAGACAACAGUAAACAAAAUUACAUGUCCAGUAAAAAUAGCACAGAAAAAGAGAUUAACUUUUUUGGAGCAGAACCUAUUAAAUGUCUAAACAAUCAGCUGUCUGAACUAGUGAAAGAGUUUCCAUAUGGCAUUGAAGGUGCUGAUAUGCUAACAAAAAAACCAGUACAAAACAAUUCUGUGGCUGAGCAGAUGGAGAAUCAGCCUCAAAAUAAGACUCAAAUUUGUGACAAGAAUUCUCAUUUGAAGGACCCAGCAGAUCAGAUAAAAAUUGCUAUGUUAAGCUCUGGUCAGAUGCAAGAACUGUCCCCUGAAGUCAACUGGUGUUCCUCUAGUGACAGGAAGAGAGUAGCAAGUCAACAGUCAGAAGAGGAUUCAGCUGAGAAGGUGAACCUUGAAGGCAGUAUUCAGCCUAGUCAGAGUCUUCAUGAGAAGACAGACAAUCCACAAAAAACCUCCAACCCCAGGAAAAAAAAAAAAGAUGAUUGUUCUUUAAUGGAUUGGCUAUCUGUAGCAUGUAAAACGCCAUGGUGCCCCUGUGAAUUAGGAACGUCUGUUUCAGAGAAAAGUGAUGAUCAACUUUCAAAAGCUGAAAAUACGAGCUCUGUAGAGAGACAAGAAAACAACAGUAAAUCUGAUGCUGUAAUGACGAACAACUGUGCAGUGGGAGACCUGCCAAUUUCUGAAAAAAUCCCAAACAAAGAUAUUUGCAAACAGGACUCUUUAAUGACCAAAAAUGCUAGGCUAAAGGUGAAUAAUGAAUACAAACCGCUUACAACACAAGAGGAAAAAAAUGGACCACUUAAUUCCUCUGAAAACCAGGAUGGUGAUGAAUCUAAAAGGAGCAGCUGGAAGGAAGAGCUGCAAAUCAACAGAGGAACCCCAUUGUUAGACCAAGAAUUUCAUUCUGACCAAAAAGAACAUCACACAGUCUCAGAAGUGUUGUCAGAGAAAGCUGGUCAUACCAAUGCAGACAACGUGACAAAGUCACCCAAAAAGAAUGAGGGAGUUUUCAAAAUGGAGUCCCUUUCAAAAGAUAAGACCAAAACAGGGUUGGUCACAAAAUCCAAAACAGAUGUUCACAAGUUUACAAAGUCAGAAACCAUUGAAAUGAAGCACGCUGAAGUCAAUCAAAGACAAAAAAUUAAAACCUGUGAAGAGAACUCAGCUGAAGAACAGAACUGUAGGAAACAAAAGGAGAUACUUGGGCAAGAUGUAGGAAUUAACAUCAAAGAGAGAGCCAAAUUAUCAGCAGAAACAAAACAUAAAAAGCUGAAUAGUUAUCCUGCUGAUGCUGUAAAGUUCCCAAAUUUCAGCACUGUAGACUUAAAGGCAAGAAACCACAAACACUCUCAGCAUAAAUCUAUGAAAGUUCAUCCUUCACAGGAGCAGUUGUACAAACGGAAGAGGAAGGAAAAUAUGAUUGGGAAGAGUAAGAAAAGAAAGGUGGAAGAGGAAAGACUGAAACAACCUGAAGCACAGAAUUCCAAGCAGCUUUCACAUAAUUGCAUGAUAAAUACUGACAAAGCUAAGAAAUUGAAUGGAGAAAAUGGCUGGAAACCAAAGAGUUCAUUAGCAGAUCGCUCUGUGCUUAAACUACAGAGAAAAAGGGCUCGAUCGUCUACCAUCUCUAAAAAUUACCUUCCUAACAGAGAAAGAGGUCUCGACGGUCAAAAUAAGGACAAGUGCUCUGAGAAAAUGUUUCCUGAUAAAAACCUGCUAUACUUAAAUAGAAGAAAUAACAGAGUAAAAAUGCAUCUUCAAAAGGAACCAAAAAAACACUACCUGAACAGAGUUGCAUUUAAACGUACGACACAGGAGCGCAUAUAUCUGACAAAAUUAGAGACAUCACCUGUCAGACCCACCUGGCAUAUAAAGUCCAAAGUGUCACAAAAGAGCCCAGGUGCAAAAAGAGAUUUUUCUGCCUCAGAAGCUGAGAAAUCACGCAAACGAGAAGUACUUGAAUUUAAGCUGUGUCCAGAGAUAUUGUUCAGAAAUCCAACCACUGAUGAAGAAAGCUUAGCUGCAAAGAAUUCCCUGGGAAGAGAGAAAGCCGUUGUGGCAGGUGUCAAGAGUAAGAAAGAAGAUUGGUUAAAAUGUGAUCCAGUGAAGCAAAAAAAGCUGGAAGAGGUCUCUACAGCUGAGGACAGUAUUCCACUUGAUACAGCUAUACAGAUGCUGGAUGGAGAUCACGAGGCUCUUCACAUUCCAGUCAAAGACUCAAAAGAGAUGUUUCAGACCUACAGGAAGAUGUAUCUGGAAAAAAAGAUGCGAAAGCCUUGAUAGUCCUCCUGUAUCACAGGUCUUACACAGUAUCACUGGAAAAAAAAAAGCCAACACUAAAAUGCUUUUCCCUGUUUACUUAGUAUUUCUAAAUAAUUGUAAAAAAAAAAGUUUUGGCAAUUUUUUCCCCCGUUUGCCUCAUUUGUGAAUGAUUGAGUUCUUAUCUGUAUUUAUUGCACAAAUAUGCUUUGGUGCUGAAAAUGCCAUUGUCAAACGUAUUGUUUCCUUUUGGCAUAUUUGAAUUUUU